AUGCAUGCAUUAUUGCCAAUCUUCCUCUCGGGGGCUGCCCUCGCCGCCACUAUUCACGCUCCUCUGGCGAAGCGAGCCGAAUGCGGGCCCGGAGUCGGCUCCUGCGCGCCGGGACAGUGUUGCUCAGAAGCCGGAUGGUGUGGGACGACGGCAGAUUUCUGCGGCGGUUCCCAGUGCCAGCUCGCAUACAGCGACGCUUGCGAUACCUUCUUCCCGCCACCGGGGGCUAGCACGGAGAGUAUCGCCCGUCCCCUUGUGGGUUCUGUGCCUUAUGGCUCGAUCAUCACCACCUGUGCCGUCCCAGGAACCUUGGCAUUGACCUAUGACGAUGGUCCGUACAUCUACACGUCGCAGUUGCUUGAUAUUCUUGAGGCCCAGAACGUCACGGCCACCUUCUUCGUCGCCGGUAACAACAAGGGUAAGAAGGGGAUGGACAACGCGAAUACGGCAUGGCCGGCCAUCAUGCGUCGGAUGCAUGCUGCUGGCCACCAGAUCGCCAGCCAUACCUGGACCCACCGAAACUUGAAUCUGGUUAACAGCACUAUCCAAAGAACCGAGAUUAUCUACAACGAGAUGUCGUUCCGGAACCUCUUUGGCUGGAUUCCCACCUACAUGCGUCCGCCCUACCUUGAAUGCAACGCCGCCUCUGGCUGCCAGAACAUGCUCAGGACGCUCGGUUAUCACAUCAUCAACGUCAAUAUCGACACCAAGGACUACAUGUAUGAUACUCCCGAGACGAUCCAGACCGCCAAAGACCGCUUCUCGGGUGGAAUCUCGACAAACGCGGCCGCUAAUAGCUACAUUGAACUGUCCCAUGAUGUCCACUACCAGACCGUUGUCAACCUGACCCAGUUCAUGAUCGACACGGCAAAGGCACGCGGAUACCGCCUUGUGUCCGUCGGCGAGUGUCUCAAUGAUCCCAAGGAGAACUGGUACCGACCCGCCGGUGGUGCCAUUAGCGCCAGCGUCGCGUCUAGUACUACGAGGACGACGGGGACGACCUCCGUGCCGUCGUCCAGUACACCAAUCGCCUCGUCGACCCAGACCCGGGUCCAGUCAAGCACAGCUCUCACCAGCAGCGUGACUCGGGUAUCUUCUACCUCGUCCAAUGCCCCUGCAUCUACGGCGAAGGUAUCACCGGACCAGACCUGCGGUGGAACCAAUGGUUACACAUGCCUGAACUCGAAGUUUGGCAACUGCUGCUCACCCUAUGGAUUCUGGUAA